AUGUGGUACUUGAAUCCUGGAGCCACAAUGGCAGAGGGAUUGCACGAAAUCAUGACCGACAAGGAAAUCAUGGAGGGUCUGCCGGUUGAUACAGCACAGACUAAGGAGGUCUCACUGUUUGUUGAUUGUGUCGAGGCUGAUGACUGUUUGAUGGGUGACAAUGACACUGCGGACAACAUAGCAAGGCUUGAAAAGGAUGAUGACUACUUUGAAGUGGGGGAAAAUUCGGCUGCUAAGGAGAUAAUGAAAGUGGCUGACUCUGACUCUAGUGAUGAGGAGUCAUCUGAGAAGGAGACUCAUCUUCCAAUGGUCAACAGUCGAGAUAGUGAAGCAGGGGAAGAGGUGGAUCAGCCUAUGGGAGAUGCUGGUGACAUGGACGAGGAAGAAGAUGAUGGAGACUACAUUCCUGAUGAAGAUGAAGAAGAUGGUGAAAAUGAGGCUUCGGUUUCUGCCCAUAGAAGAACAGGUUUGUUGGAUGAGGAACCCGCAGAUAUGUUUGAUGAUCUGUCUUUCUACGAUCUAAAUUGUGAUCACAAAGCGUUGGAGUUCACAGUUGGGAUGAAGUUUUUGGAUGUUGAAGACUUUAAAAAGGCAAUCAGUAAGCAUGGUGUGGGUGCUGGGGCUAGUUUGUGGUGUAAAAAAAGUGAUGAAAGUAGGAGGGAGUACAGGUGCAAAGACCAGAAUUGUUCUUGGAGGGUUUAUGCUGCCUGGUGGUCAGGGAAUGCGUUUUUUAUGGAGGGUGAGAACAAGAGUUCUUGGAAGUGGUUUCUAGAGCAUUUGCAAGAGGAGUUGGGAUUCGGGGACGGGGUUGGAUGGAGCGUAGUUUCUAACCAGCAAAAGGGGUUAGUUGAAGCAAUCAAUCUAGUUAUGCCUAGUGUCGAGCAUCGAAAGUGUGCCUGCCAUGUGUUUGCAAAUUGGAAGGUCAAGGUUAAGAAUGAGAAGAUGCGAAAGAUCUACUGGGAGGUAGUUUAUGCAUGUAAUGUGCCAGAGUAUGAGGCUGCCACGGCCAAAAUGGAGGCUUUCCAAAGUGCACAAGCAGUAAUGACCUCAUUUUCAGACUUUAUGGAGCAAGACCCCAAGUCUUUUUGUCGUGCUUUCCUCUCUCGACUCCCAAAAUCAGACUCUGAGGAAAGCAAUAUUUGUGAGAGCUGGAAUAAUGUCAUUGUGAAGGCAAGGGAGUAUCGGAUAAUUGCAAUGUUAGAGGCCAUUAGAGGGUACAUAUGGUCCAAAUGA